UUUUCGUUAAUAGCUGCUAGGCAUACUAUUCAAGAUGUUGAUAGGCGCACUUGGAGCUUUGGGUAGCAUCAUCUACACUUUUUUGUUAAGAAUAGGUGCAAAUUUAAGUCAAGUGCCCUAUUUGUUGGAAGCUACCAAAUAUGAAUUCGAACUACCGCGUGUCAGGAUUCAAGAUGGCGCCACAUUCGACUUCAUAGUGGUGGGCGCGGGGUCGGCGGGCGCGGUGGUGGCGAGCCGCCUGUCCGAGCUGCCCGAGUGCCGCGUGCUGCUGCUGGAGGCCGGCGCGGAGCCGCCGCUGCUCAGUGUUGUGCCCGGAUUACUCGCGCUACUCUCUCGCUCCGAGUAUGACUGGAACUACUUCACGGUGAACGACGGCUACUCCAGCCAGGGCCAGAUCGGGGGCUCCAUCCCGUACAACCGCGGCAAGAUGAUCGGGGGCUCCUCCAGCAAUAACUACAUGAUGUAUGUGAGAGGAAACCCAGAAGACUACAAUAGCUGGGCGGAUGCUGGCUUCGAGGGGUGGGACUGGGAUACCGUUCUACCUUAUUUUAAAAAGAGUGAGAAUUUACAAGUAAGCGAUGUUAUGCAGAAUAAGACACUAGCAGACUAUCACAACACGAGGGGACCCAUGAAAGUAUCCAGACCUGAACACGAAAGAACACAAGAGACAAAACUAGAGGCUCUCCUACAAUCUCUUUCGGAAAUCGGCAUCGAGACAAUCGAAGACUACAACGGACCUGAGCAGCUAGGUGCAUCCAAAAACUACUUCACAAUAUCAAAUGAUCGCGUACCGAUACGUUAUGGCACGGCUCAAGCCUACAUUGUGCCAGCAAAGAAACGUAAGAACUUAGUCAUUCUAAAAAAUGCACUCGCCACUAAAAUCUUGAUUGAUUCAACUAAAACAGCUAUUGGUGUAGAGGUCGAAGUCAAUGGUAAACGAAACAGAUUCUACGCUAGCAAGGAAGUGAUUGCGUCAGCUGGGGCCGUGGACACCCCCAAGUUGCUCGUGGCCUCUGGUGUAGGGGCGGCAGCUGACCUGGCUGCUCUGGGCAUCGACGUAGUAUCGGAUCUUCCAGUCGGUAAAGACUUGCAAGAUCACCUUUUCCUUCCAGUAGUGCUGACAGGAGCAACGGAUAUUGGCACGGCACUACCAGUAGUCGACCUGCGGACGAUCGGCUUCCCGACUUUGAAUGGCUUCUUCGCUCUGAACGGCACGGGCCGUCCAGACUUACAAAUCAUACCGUUUUACUUGGACAUGGCGUCGCCAUUCUUUGCCUUUGCCUGCACAAACAAUUUCAAUUUCAAUAACGACAUUUGCUCGUCCCUUAUCAAUAGCAACAAAAAGAGCGAACUGUUUGCUAUUCUUCUGGUUCUGCUGCAUCCAAAGUCGCGGGGUGAAAUUAAAAUACGUUCAAUAAACUCCGCGCCGGAAAUAUACACGGGAUACUUUUCAAACGCCGACGACUUCGAUACCGUCACGGCGGGGAUAAGGCGUAUACUGAACCUGACUGAGACAGAUUAUUUCAAAAGUUUUGAUUCCGAGGUGGUGCGUGUGAAUCUGCCGGCGUGCGACGGGUUGGAAUACAUGAGUGACGAGUAUUGGGAGUGCUACGCUCUACAGAUGGGCCGGACUCUGUACCACCCGGCCGGCACAUGCGCCAUGGGCCGCGUGGUGGACGCCGAGCUCAAGGUCCUGGGGGUGGAUAGACUGAGGGUCGUGGACGCGAGUGUAUUCCCGUCUAUGCCAAGCGGCAACACCAACGCUCCCGUCAUCAUGGUUGCGGAAAGGGCGGCCGAUCUCAUCAUACAGCAAUAUUAUGGGGACCAAAAUAUUGUGACUGUACCAUAAUAGUUACGAUGCCAGCAUGCCAGCGUAGCUAAUCCUAUAUCGAAUUGACAUCAAUUCGGCUUUGGCUGCACAAAACUGCGUUGAAAAAUAUACGACUCUACUUACGAUUACCUACUUAUUAUGAUCAAAUAAAUUAUGUUGGAAUAUGUUGUA